AUGAGUUGUAGUAUUAAGCAGACAACUGGCUCGCUCAGGGGCAGGACCAGCGGGGGCAGCUGUGUUAUCGGUGGUGGUGGUGGCGGUGGAGGAGCACGGAUCUCCUCCGUCUCUUCUGGAAGAUACACGACCUGCGGGAUAGGCGGGAGCCGAGGGUUUUCGGGUAGAAGUUACUGUGGGGGUGUGAAUUAUGGAGGAGGUCUGAGCACGGGCAGUUUGGUCGGUGGAAACUAUGGAGGUGGCCUAGGAGCCGCUGUCCUCGGAGGAUGCUCAGGCAUGGGAUUCAGCGGUGGCAGCGCUCGCUUUGGCGGUGGCAUUGGAGGUGGCCUUGGCAUGGGUCUUGGUGGAGGGGUGGUUGGAGGCGGUUUUGCUGGUGAUGGCAUUCUUCUUUCUGGUGACGAGAAGGUCACCAUGCAGAACCUUAACGACCGCCUGGCUUCUUACCUGGACAAGGUGAGGUGCCUGGAGCAAGAAAAUGCCGACCUGGAGUGCAGGAUCAGGGAGUGGUACGCCAAGCAGGGCCCCUUCUGUGAGCCUCGCGACUACAGCUGCUACUACAAGGAAAUAGAGGAUCUUCAGAAUCAGAUUGUCUGUGCGACCAUAGACAACAACAAGAUCAUUCUGAACAUCGACAAUAGCAGGAUGACAGCCGAUGACUUCCGCGUGAAGUACGAGACGGAGCUGGCCCUGCGGCAGAGCGUGGAGGCCGACAUCAACGGCCUGCGCCAGGUCCUGGACCAGCUGACGCUCUGCAGGGCGGACCUGGAGGCACAGCUGGAGACGCUACUCUGCUGCCUGAAGAAGAACCACGAGGAGGAAAUGAGCUGUCUGAGGAAGCAAUCGACAGGAGAUGUGAGUGUGGAGGUCAAUGCCUGCCCUGGCCCAGACCUGAGGAAGAUCCUGGAGGAGAUGAGGUGCCAGUAUGAGACGUUGAUUGAGCGCAACCGCAAAGAAGUUGAGGAUUGGUACGAGUGCAAGAUUGAGGAAGUGAAUCGGGAGGUGAUUACAAGCGGGCAGGAGGUAGAGACGUGCAACAACCAGGUCACGGAACUGAGACGCCAAUUGCAAGCGCUGGAGAUCGAUCUUCAGGCCCAGCUCAGCCAGAGGGACAACCUGGAGUCCUCGCUGGCCGAGACAGAAUGUCGCUACAACAACCACCUGGCUGAGCUGCAGAGCCAGAUCUCCUGUGUGGAGCAGCAGCUGGCGGAUCUGCGAGCAGAGAUGGAGUGCCAGAACCAGGAGUACAAGAUCCUGCUGGACGUCAAGUGUCGCCUGGAGCAGGAGAUCCACACCUACCGCUGCCUGCUGGAGGGCGGGCAGCAGGACCUCAUUCAGCAAGGAGGAAUUGGUCAGUCUUCGGGGCUAGGAGGAGGAGUUGCAAGAACGAGUGGAAUAGGAGGAGGAGGGAUCAUCCGAACAAGCCACACGUACACGGCAUCAUCCCAGAUGCCAUCCUGUGCAGCUGCAGAGAUACAAGUGCCUUGCAGAAGGAUUUGUGAUUAAGUGAAGAAAUAAGAAUAUCCCACAAGAGAACCCUGAAGCAGAGCCACAGAUGAAGAGAGAGAAUAUUUACUGUACGCCUCUGCAAAGAGCAAGGAGCGUGCUCUUCUGUACUGCUCAGCAACGCUAAGCCAUGUGUCAGAGGGAUAAGCCGAGCGUUGGGCCGCAUUCUGCUUUAUUUUGCUAUUUGCUUUUUCCAGUCUAUCGCUGCGUGUGCCCAACCGCCGUGACCACUGCUGGAGUCACCAGUGUGGUCACUCAUGUACCUGCUGGGCAAAAAUGCCUCUAAUAAAACUUUGCUUCUGCCUCAAUGCAAUCAAGAAA